AUGGGAAAGGGUUUCUUUAGAUGUGUUGAAUGCAUUAAGGACGCGCACGAGCUUCGCAGAGAUUACAGUAAUGGGAUCUUGAAGAUAAACAUAUGUGAAUCCUGUCAAAAGCCUGUGGACAAGUACAUUGAAUAUGAUCCAGUCAUUAUUCUGAUUGAUGCCAUUUUAUGCAAAACUCAAGCAUUCAGACACAUUCUGUUCAACAUUACAUUGAACAUUCACUGGAAGCUGUGUGUGUUUUGCCUGCUGUGUGAGUCCUACCUGAGGUGGUCACAACUUCCGGGAUCUGAACAGAGCAAUGACCCUGCAGACAUCAUUAGAUACACCAAAGAAUGGGAUUUCUAUGGCAUGUUUGGGAUGGCAGCUCUUGAAUUGGGUGCGUUCUCUGUUGGAGUGCUGUCUUUCCUGUGGCUGGUGCAGAGGCUGCUUGGCUAUGACUUUGAACUGAGCUUACUACUGAAAGCCCUCCUGCUGUCCAGCUAUGGCAAAAUCCUGCUCAUCGCUGCAGUCAUAUGGGAGCAUGACUACUCCCCGCACUGCUUCAGCCUCAUCAAGCUGUUUGUGCUCACAUCCAACUCUCAGGCCAUCAGAGUCAUUCUUAACUGCAGCAGAAGGCUCUCCCUGCUGGCUGUGUGUGUGGGUCUGCUAUUGGAGACGUGCAUAGCCCAGGCGUUUCAGACGCUUCCAUGGAGCAUAAAGGACAUCCUGCCGUUCCAAUGACCUGUUUCAGGCCGGUCCUAAAGAACACACUGUUACAAUGGCACCUAUUAUGCCCUGGACCAGAGACCGGUGAGGGGAAACUAUUAGUGCUAUGUGGAGUGUGCCUAGACAUAUAGUCAAACACUGACAAUAACCUCUCUGUUGGUAUUGGAGUUAAUGAGGCUACGGGACAUUCCUGAGGCUAUUUGUGAAAUACCUACCACCUUAGAAAGCACAUAGUGAACAUAUUCAUUAUUCUGUGCAAUGCCAAAAACCACAGGCUGUGUAUAAGCAACACAUAUUUUGAUAUGGAACAGAUGUAAGAUGUGUGUGUCACAGAGAGAGAUAACUUGCAGUGAGUAAUCCCAUUUAUUGCCUUGAAUUCUUUAUUUUAUUGAAGCUGUACAGUAAAAGAGAGCAAUACUCUCUUGGUGAUGCAGCCUAUAUGAUUAAGUAUAGGAGCUGUGGAAUAAUAAGCAUUUGACACACAUGUUCACAGAGGGUGGCUUUACAGUGCCUUCAAAAAGUAUUCACACCCCUUGACUUUUUCCACAUUUUGUUGUGUUACAGCCUGA